AUCAUUUAACUGUAACUGAGCCUGUGGCUGUACUGAAAGCUUAUGAGGUAUGGGGUGCUUUAAGAGGUUUGGAAACCUUCAGCCAGUUGGUUCAUGAAGAUGACUAUGGAAGUUUUCUUGUCAAUGAAUCUGAAAUCAAUGACUUUCCAAGAUUUGCACAUAGAGGAAUCUUACUAGACACUUCAAGGCAUUAUUUACCAUUGAAAUCUAUUCUUACAAACCUGGAUGCCAUGGCUUUUAACAAGUUCAAUGUUUUCCACUGGCAUAUAGUAGAUGAUCAGUCAUUCCCUUACCAGAGCAUUUAUUUCCCUGAAUUAAGUGAUAAGGGAGCGUACUCCUGUAAUCUCAUCUAUACUCCUGCUGAUGUCCGUCUGGUGAUUGAGUAUGCCCGAUUAAGAGGCAUUAGAGUUAUCCCAGAGUUUGAUACCCCAGGACACACACAGUCUUGGGGAAAAGGUCAAAAAGAUCUUCUCACUCCUUGUUACAAUGGAGGACAGCCAACUGGGUCCUUUGGACCUGUAAAUCCUAUUUUGAAUACAACUUAUGACUUCAUGACUAAAUUCUUCAAAGAGAUCAGCAGUGUGUUUCCAGAUGCAUACAUUCAUUUGGGAGGAGAUGAAGUGGACUUCAGUUGCUGGAAAUCUAACCCUGAAGUGAAAGAGUUCAUGAAGAAGCAAGGUUUUGGCAGUGACUAUGCUAAACUGGAAUCUUACUAUAUUCAGAACAUUUUGGACAUUGUUUCCUCCUAUAACAAAGGACAAAUCAUCUGGCAAGAAGUGUUUGAUCACAAAGCACAGCUGAAACCAGACACUGUAGUUCAAGUGUGGAUGGCAAACAGCUAUGCUCAUGAACUGAGCAGUGUCACUGGAGCUGGGUUCCCCGCUGUCCUGGCUGCACCCUGGUACUUGGACUACAUCAGUUAUGGGCAAGACUGGAAGAAAUACUACCGUGUUGAACCACUUGACUUCCCUGGAUCUGAAGAACAGAAGAAACUUUUAAUAGGUGGAGAAGCCUGCCUGUGGGGGGAAUUUGUGGAUGCAACUAACCUGACACCAAGAUUAUGGCCUCGAGCAAGUGCUGUAGGAGAAAGACUCUGGAGCAGCAGGAAUGUGACCGACUUGCAAGAUGCCUAUAGAAGGCUGAGGAAUCAUCGCUGCCGCAUGCUCCGCCGUGGCAUAGCAGCCGAACCGGUGUUUGUUGGAUACUGCGCCCAUGAAGGGAGACGGCCGUAACUGCUGCAAAGACUUCUCCUCAACAACCUGAAGUGCCUCUGGGGUAUGAAUAUGUAUUUGAAUCAAGAUUUAAAAUUUUCACUUUUAAAAUAAAAUUGUUUGAUAACC